AUGGGCAGACUGUAAGUAGCAUCCCUUUCUCUUCAUCUCUGGGGGGGGGGGGUGUGUGUCACAAACUGGGAGGUUUUUCUGGUGGACACCUGAGUAUCAGGUUUGUCCCUGUCCCUCCCUUGACCUCCACCUUACACCCAUUCAGUAAAACAAAGAAAAAUAUAUACAUGUUCCUGUUUCCCAGCCAAGUUGAGUACCCCCAAUUGUCCUGGCCAAGUCCCCAAUCCAUGUAGGUUGGAUCUGUAGCCUUUUUAGCCUUGGGUGAGAAGAGCUUUCGCCCGGGAAAGGGAAAUGGGAGUCAACAGACACUCAAGGAAUAGUUUCAGAGAAAAAGCUUUAUUCUGCCAUCCGGCUGGUAGAAGGAGCAAGUGUGAUAUUGUCACAAAACAAGCGCGAGUUCACAGCCAUUUGCACAGAGUAUAUUUUCCCCUUCCAGUUCCCUCCCCUUCUCCUCCUCCUCAAGAGUCCUGCCUCUGAGCAUGAACAGAAAGCUCCUGUCUUGGGACUCUUUUGGACUCUUCCCAGGAAAGGGGGAUGAGAAGCCAUAGGGGGGUGGGUCGAGGAGCCUUGCGGUUCAGCGUGUUCAAGAUGUUGCAACUAGAGUGAGAUAAGACUCAGUUCUCAGGCUUGCUUGACAGAGUCUGUUCAUUAGCUUUUUGAAGCUCUCUCGUACUGAUGAAAGAGUAACAUUUUGCCUUUCAACAGCAUCUUGUGAGAAAACAGAGGAAAACUUUAGCUGUGGAUUUUUUAGAGGAGAGAAAAGGAAUUUUGGACAGUUUGAGGCCUGGUUGCGGGGGGGGGGGUCUAGGUGGGGUCACCUGUCCUCACCUCCUUCAGAUCCACUCUUGUCCUUGAGAUGGCUACCUGUCUGGCACUCAGAGACCAGGAGGGCAGUGAUGAUCACCCCAGCAGAAGGGUUGCUGUGUACGUGGUCUCAUGCUUCAGGGAUGAUGGCUGCCCCUAGCCAUGUCCCAAGUGCCUUCUCUGGUCACCAUCUUCCUUCUGAGCAGAAAAGAGUGUUUUAAGGCAGAUCAAAGAAAAGGUUUUGCCAAAGAACAGUCGCUAUGGAUGAAGAGGUAAAAGAAACAAUGGGCAAAUGGGCACAAGAUAUCGGCCAUACUAUAUAUUUAGAACAAUGGGAGAAACUCUGUCGCGAGGAUAUUCGCUUUACCACCUGCUAUACGAUAAAGGAAAAUUUGGUUAAAAUGUUUUACAGGUGGUAUUUAACACCAGUUAAACUCGCCAAAAUUUAUAAAUUCAAAUCCAACCUUUGUUGGAAAUGUAACAAAGAACCUGGAAUGAUAAUUCAUACGUGGUGGGGUUGCAAGGAAAUAAAGAAGUUUUGGGGAACUUAAGAAAAUGCUAAACAAACCCUUGAUAAAAAAAUCCCAAAGCUUAUCUGUUCGGGUUGGUGGGCAAAGCGAAUAUCCUCACGACAGAGUUUCUACCAUUGUUCUAAAUAUAUAGUAUGGCCGAUAACUUGUGCCCGUUUGACCAUUGUUUCUUUUACCUCUUCAUCAAAUCAUAGUCCAAUAAUAGUGUAAAUUUUUGAUAAUAAUUUCCUAUUGUUUUGAAAUAUAAUGGUGCUAAAUAGCUAUUGUUCUUUGGCAAAACCUUUUCUUUGAUCUGCCUUAAAGACACUUUUUAAUUGUAUAUAUUGCCAAUUAUCCAUCCCAUAUUGUUUUAAUUCUUCAUAUGUUUUUAAUUUUAACUUUCCUUGGUCUUCUUCCAGUAUUUGUCUAUUUGUUGCCCAGUUCGGAUUCAUAUUGUGUUUUUUAACUGCAUGGGCUUCUAAUGGAGAGAUCCAUAAAGGGAUUUGUGGCUCUAAUAGCUGUUUAUUCCAAAACUUUAAAACUUUAAAGUUUAUUCCAAACUUUAAACAAUGAAUUUCUGAGUAUAUGAUUUUUGAAGCCAUUAUGUACCUUAACCUUCUCGUAUGCUAGGUAGGCGUGCCAUCCAUACCUAUUGUCAAAACUUUCUAGAUUUAAAAUACUAGUGUUUUCCAAUGUAACCCAUUCUUUUAGCCACACCAGACAUUCUGCUUCAUAAUAUAAUUUUAGAUUUCGUAAAGCCAGUCCUCCUCUCUCCCUUUUAUAUGUUAAUAGUUUAUUCCUUAUGCGUGGUUUUUUUGGUUUGCCAUAUGAAUUUUGUUAGAUCUUUUCUCCACUCAUCAAAACAAUUUUCUUUCAUUAUUAUUAGUAUUGUUUGGAACAAAUAUAUCAUUUUGGGUAAAACAUUCAUCUUAAUUAUAGAUAUUCUCCCCAUUAAUGUCAGCUUUAAUCUACUCCAGGUUUCUAGAUCUCUUCUAAUUUCCUUCCAGGCUUUUUCAUAAUUGUUUCCAAAUAGAUUAAUAUUUUUCAUCGUCAAUUCUAUACCAAAAUAUUUUGCUUUUGUAACAAUUUCCAAACCCAAUUUCUCCUGUAGUUCGCUCUUUUCUAAUUCCUGUAUGUUUUUUACCAUAAGUUUUGUUUUUGACAUAUUUAUCUUGAAGCCUGCUACUUUCCCGAACUCAUUCAUUAUCCUCAAUGCUUUCAUUAGACUGGUUUCUGGCUCCUCAGGUGCUAAUAUAAUAUUGUACGCAAAAGCUCUAAUUUUGAAAACAUCCUUGCCUCAUGUAAUUCCCUUUAUCUCUUUUUCUUUCUUUAUUUCUAAAAUCAGGAUUUCCAAAGUUAGUAUGAAAAGGAACGGUGAAAGCGGGCAUCCUUGCUCUAUAAACCUUUCUCUAUAUUUCAAGGAUCCGUCUUUUCACCAUUUCUUAUUAAACAUCCCUGCUGGUUUUCAUAUAUUGUGUUUAUUGCUCUGCAGUAGUUUUCACCCAGUCCUACUGCUUCUGCUACUUCCUGAAGGAAAGAUCUUGAUGGGUUAUCGAAAGCCUUCUCGGCAUCUGUUAGCAUAAACGCCGCUUUUUUGUUGGGUCUCAUUUCCAAAUAUUCAAUUAGAUCAAUUACUAUUCUCAUAUUUGCUUUUAUAUGCCUAUUUGGGAGGAAUCCUACUUGGUCUUGGUCUAUUACAUCUUUUAGGACCGAUUUCAGCCUAUUUGCUAAUAUCCCCGUGAACAAUUUAUAAUCAUUAUUUAAUAAUGAUAUGGGUCUGUAAUUGUUAACUAAUUCUCUAGCUGUGCUUUGUUUGUGAAUUAAUACAAUAUUGGCUUCUUGCCACGACUUUGGUAUUUUUCCUUCUUGCAUGAUCUCGUUCAUUAAUUUUUUAAAAGGCAUUGUUAUAGCAUCUUCUAACCUUGGGUAGUGUAUCGCGGAUAGUCCAUCUGUACCUGGAGCCUUCUCCAGUUUAAGAUUGGAAAUUGCUUGUUGUAUCUCCAUUGUUGUUACUGGUGCGUUUAGCUGCUUCCGUUUGUUUUCACCUAUUUUUGGGAUUUGUUUUCCUUGAAGAUAUUUUAUAAUUUGUUGUCGAGUUUCUGCACCUUUUUUAUAUAGAUUGGUGAAGUAUUUUACAAAGCAUUUAUUUAUUCCUUCUUUCGUCUCCACUGCUUUUCCUUCAUAUACUACUUUAUUUGUCUUUCCCUGUCUUUUCUUUAUCUGCCAUGCAAGUAAUUUACCUGGUCUGUUUCCAAAUUCAAAUGAUUUUUGUUCAUCCAUUUUAUAUUUCUUUCUAUUUCAUCAUUUAAGAGUGUUGAGAGCUGUGUUUGUAAUAUUUUAAUGGUUUGGUUUGCGAUCUCGUUUUUUGGUGUUUUCGCUAAUAAUUUUUCUUGUUUGCCUAUUUCUUCUUGUAAAUGCUUGAUUUUAGCCUCUCUUAUUCUUUUUUGUAUUAUAUUUUGUUUAUACAACAUGUUUUUAGAUUGGCCUUGAGAUAUUCUUUAAACCUCUUUUGUUGGCCACCAGCAUUACGCCUUCCAUUUUUAAGUUUGGAAUAGAGUCGUUGCUUUGGAAGACGAUCAUCAGGCAUCCGAACCACAUGACCAGUCCAACGAAGUUGGUGUUGAAGAAUCAUUGCUUCAACACUGGUGAUCUUUGCUUCUUCCAGGACACUGGUGUUAGUUCGCCUGCCUUCCCAAGUGGUGUGUCACAUUUUUCAGAGACACCAUUGAUGGAAUCUUUCAAGGAGUUGAAGAUGGCGUUUAUAAGUGGUCCAUGUUUCACAAGUGUACAGUUGGGUUGGUAGUUCAAGAGCCUAGACUGAAACUUGAAAGACUAGUUUCAAUGGACCAAGAAUGCUUUUCAUGGCUGGUUCUGACUUUCCCCUUUUCCCAGUGGGAAUUCCUACUUGUAGAGCAGAGGCCACGGCUGGUCGGCAGCUGCAGUGCCUGUGUGCUUUGUUCUGUUGUUGUUGUCAGUGCUUUGUGCUGGAGGGCACUGUUUCAUGGCGCUCAUUGGUUGCUAUUGGAUAUUUGGGUAGUCUGAGCUGAUUGGUUGAGCGCCUUGUGAGCGAAAGGCUCAGCCUUCAUUAGAGCAAAUGUUCUACCCUUAUUUAUGGCAGCCUUUGGAAUAGAAAAAGGAAAGGACUGUGUCAGGAUGUUUUUUGUGGGGACAUUUGCAGACGUGAAGGUGUUGAUCUGGGGUACAGUCGGAGUGGGGUAUGGUGCCUGCUGGAGGGCGAAACCCCCCGCCACCCUUUCCAAAAAUUCUGGUAACAAUGGUUCAUGAAAUUUAUACACUGCUUGACUUCAUGAAUGAGGGGGCCAGGCUCUCUGGGCCCUGACAUGGCGGUAGCUCUUGAACCCAUAGCACUUGGGACCUCCUUUCUCUCUCUGCCAGCCCUUCAUGCUUUGGGCAGCCUCUUUCAGGCUCUGAUGAUGCCCCUUCAGCUCACUGAACUGCAGAGAGAUGGAAGGAAUUGGUCAGAGUGGGCUGGCAAGGAUCAAUUAGGCUCCACAUACGUAUUUCUGUUCUGCCAAUUCGGCAGUGGUUCACUGUUUUCUCCAGACUCCCCUCCUCACACCCAAACACCCCCCAAGAAUUGGGGCUGCCAGUAUCUGAGUCACUCUUUCCACUCAUCUCUUCUAGGAUCAGGUGCUUAAGGCGCCUGUUCAGCCGCUGCCACAGGGUGGCCCCCCAGCCAGACACAGAGCAGCCCGUGGCGCCAGGUAAGCCAGUGGCCCUCCUUUUUUUGGACAGAGGAGGGCAGGGAUGGGCAUGGGGGGCAACUGGUCCAAGGAUGCAAAAGAGGACUCACCUCUUCCCAUGUCCUUCUGUUUGCAGUUCUGCUGCGGUUCCACGUCCCAGCCCCAGGGGUGAGUAUUGGAGAAAACAAGAGCAGGGACUGGAUCCCUCAGACCUGCCCCCCGCUGUCCUCCGGGCUCUUUGCCCCCCACUCUGCACUCUCAGAUGCGGAGAAGCCCUCCCCUCUCGAGGAACUGACAGCCUGACUUUUGCAUUUCAGCUGCUGGAGGAUGAACAGCGCUACAUCCUGGGGGUCAUCGAGAGCUGCCAGGCAGCUGAGCUCAGGGGGCUCCGAUCCCUGAAGUGCUCCAAGGAGGAGACGGCCCAAAAAAUUCUGGUGAGUGAUGGGGGGUGUGAGGGACCCCCGCAGGGAGGUGGGGGGAAGGGGCUGUGCAGCUGUGGGGAGGAGGACCCUGCCGGCUUAGGCCAUGGGGUUGACAUUCCCCUGCAAAGCCAAGCCUGGUGUUUGGGGUGGGAGCUGAUUUUCCUCCUCUGUUCUCUUCCAGGACAUCUUGGGGCCCUUGGAGCACUCCAGGGAUCGGCCCCUGACCCUGGCCCUUGCCUUGGAGGCCCUCCUCCAGCUAAGGUGAGUGGGGUCUUUGGCGUGGAUGGGGUUGUGGGUGGGGGGGCAGAACUCCAGGGGGAAAGAGCAGGCGGGAGGGAGAAAGGGGCAAGGGAGACUCUAACCCUCUCCCUUUCAUUUCUGCAGCACGAUGAGGCCCAAAUUCACCUCUGACAUGACCAGUGCCAUCCUGCACAGGAUGUUGGAGGCCGUGCUGUGUGGGGCCAAGGAGGAGGAGGAGGAGGAGAAGAGAGAAGUAUGUCCUUUAUUUUGACUUCCCUUCACAGGCUCUUUCUUCCUCUUCAUCACACCCUUGCAGAAUCCAACCCAGCAUUCAAACUCUCUUCUCUCUUUUCCCGCAGGAACUGAAGAGGCACUACCGGCUUCUGCUGGGCAGUCUUCUUAUGGAAGCACCCAACCCUGGCACCCUCCUCCACCUUCUCAGUGUAAGUGUCCCUAUGGCAUCAGGGAUGAUUUUAGGGUUGCCCCCCCCGUCCCUUACCCAAUGGACUGCCCCAUUUCUGGGGCACAGAGUCUGUUUGGCCCCCAAUUUGGUCCAAGACCAAAGCUGGCAACCCCUCAUGGUCCAGAAGUGCCAGGGACUCUGUGGUGGGGGCAGUGGGGGCCGCUUUGGCCCAGACUGGCCCCUGACUCCGAAAUGCUCUUUCCUCCUGCAGGACCUCAGAGGAUACGCCCUGGGGGAAAGUGGGGAGGCUCAACAACUUGCGGCCAGCAGCAUCUCUUUGCUGCUGGCCAUUGCCCGGAAAUAUCCCAAACUCAGAGUAAGUACCUUGCCUUCUUCUAUUCAUUUCUUUGGUUACUUCCAUCCCCCCCAAGAUCACAUCCCCAAGUGAUCUUUAGCGCAGAUGAUGCGGGGUGUGUCCCUGGGGGCCAGGAUGAGGCAAGAAGCUUUUCCUGCCCCCUUUCCUGCUGUUGCCCUUCCACCUUUGCCCAGGAGGCUGCAGGGCCCAGGGAGGUCCUCUGGAACAAGGGACUGGGCCCAAGACAGAGGGAGACCCAUCGUUCCUGACUUGGCGCUGCUUCUGUGCUCUCUUGCUCUCAUCUGACCCCGAUUUUUCUUUCCUCUGCAGAUGACAGAACUGGCUUGCUUCCGCCGGAAGCCAAAAGAAGGUAAGCCCCACACCUUGGAGACAGCGCCCUUUGACUAAAGGCCUGUGGGAAAAUCUCAUUUUCAUUUGCAUUUGCAUUCUCUUCUCAUUCUCUUCCAUCCAGAUGACAUCAUCAUUGAGGAUAUAUAG